CUCCUUGGGCCCGGUGCAGGCGGUGCUCUGAGAGAGGUUGCAAGUUCCCUUUGGAGCAGAAAUGCACCGUUGCCUUCCUUUGGCAUCGAUAUACAGAAUCACUGUACGGAUCAGAAGAGUAGAAAAGCCCUCUGAAAUCCUCGAGCUCAGCCCUCUGUGCCCACUGCUCGUGUCCCUCCGUGCCACAUCUCUGUGUUGUGUGGGUGUCUCUGGGGGUGGUGAUCCCAACAUUGCAUCACUGCUCUUAUGGAGCAGAAACGUUUCCUGAUAUCCAGUCCAAACCUCCUCUGGUGCAACUUCAGGCCAUCACCUCUCGUUGCUGUUACUUGAGAGCAGAGGCUGAUCCCCACAUCACCACAGCCUCCUUUCAGGGGUUGUAGAAAGUAAUGAGGUGUCCCCUGAGCCUCCCCCUGGCUGACAAUCCCAGUUCCCUCAGCUGCUUCUCAUAAGGCUCCUUUCCUUUGCAGCUUUGUUGCCCUUUUGGAUAGGCUUCAGAGUCUCCAUGUCCUUCUGUAUUCCCUAUAUCCAAAAAGGCUUCUGCAGGGUGGAAGGGUGAGAGCAAAAGGGGGAAAAAAGAUAAAACUGGCAAAACGUCUUGAAGGUUUUGUUCACAAAGCUCUGAUUCUUAGAAACUAGCUCUAAACAAAAUCGGACACAAAUGAGUUAAGAGUUGGUAUGUCUGGUAUGUCCUUAAGCUUAGCAAAGAGCAACAUUUCCCUGUGUGUACUGAAGGGGAAAGCUGUAGUUAAUGUAUAAAGAGAGGAGAGUGGGUGGGUAGUUUCUUUUCCCUGUAACCAGUGAGAUACGUGAACAGCACAGCGCUGUGCCAUGGAGGAUCAGAGUAUCAGGAAACAUUUAGUUACUAUGAAGGUGGUCAAAUACUGGAAUGGGCUUCCUAGCAGGGUGGGUGGUGUCCUGUGGCUGUCAGUGGGCAAUGCCCUCACUGAUAGGCCUUAACUUUUGGUUAACCCUGGUGAGGUCAGGCAGUUGGCUUUCAUCUUUGUGGGCUCUCUGUAACCAACCUGUUCUGAAGCGGUGAAAUGGUGUGAAGUAGGAAGAAGGUGGCAGGUCACUUAUGGCAAGCAACUCUUGUGUUUACUGGAAAGGGGACUUUAGGGCAUGUGUUCAGAAUGAAGAGCUGGAGUGCUUCAGCUCUGAGCGUGGUUUGGUUGUGAAAUGGCUAAUCACAGGUUCCCAACAGAGUGCAGUAGUUCUAAGUGAGAGAAUCUCUUUCUGUGGGUGUAUAAUCAAAGAAUAUGAGGAUGUUAUAAUCACAAAAUAAACAAGAGAGUUAGGCAAAGCAGACUAUGAUAACAAAAAAGGAUAAAUAGAAGGCUUACCCCUAUCCUGGGCUCACCCACAAAACACCAGUAGAGGCAGUCUCCAGAAGAGAUCCUUCCCCAGCUCUUCAAUAGGUGUAGGAGGUGUGGAGUCUGGCUGCACCCCUUCUGGCAGCACAGGAGAAUUGCCUUCAGCUGUGCUCCUCUGGCUGACUCAUGGCUCACCUCAGGUGAUCAAUCAGAGGUUCAGGCCGUGACUCAGCAGUUCCCAGGCAGUGGGUAAGGCAUAAUGAAUGUUAGCUGGCACGCAGGAUAUUUUAUUUCUGAGUUUGUGCUGGGAGAAUCUGAAAGGAUAUGAAGCGAUGUUUAAAUAUUUACAAGUAUUUUGAGGAAAAGUGGCUGGAUCCGUCCAAGUACGUUGCAAACCUAUGAUUGGAAACAGGCUGGGCUGGGAAAAGACAUGAAUUUAAAAGCAAGAAUGUUAAACUUUGGAAUGUGACUUUAUCUGUUGCCAGCGUCCUUGGUGUUCCUUCAGUAUCUGUGUAAAGGCUGGGGAUCAAACAAAAACUUGAGCUUGAAACUGAAGGUUGUGAGCUUCUCUAUUUGCACGUGAGGUCAGGCUUCCUGAUCACUGUGGUUAUUGAUGGACAUAAGCUCUAUGAAAACCAGAGGUUGCUGUUCUUCGAUAUACAAACUGAAGUGAUUAUGAAAGAGCUACAGUGGAGCAACUGUGUGUGUUCAAACAUGGGUGUAAUCUUCAAGUAGUUUGUUGUUCUGUUGAGCUAAGGGAAAAAGAAUGAAGCAUUUUGAAGCAACGAACCUCUGGGCAGGGAAACUUCAGAUUUAGGGUGAUGUGUCUUCUUUACUUCAGACGCAGUAUUCGUUUAAGGAGGUGUUUGGUACCCUUGUGGCUCAGAAGGAGCUUUUUGACGUAGUGGCUAAGCCUCUCGUGGAAGAUCUCAUUCGUGGGAAGAACGGUCUCCUUUUUACAUAUGGAGUGACAGGCAGUGGGAAAACCCACACUAUGACAGGAUCUCCUGGUGAUGGAGGGCUGCUUCCACGGUGUUUGGCCAUGAUCUUCAACAGCAUAGGGCCGUUCCAGGCCAAGAGAUUUGUUUUUAAGCUUGACGACAAGAAUGGUGUGGAUGUUCAGUGUGAAGUAGAUGCUCUGUUAGAGCGACAGAAAAGAGACGCCACGCCUGUUCCCAAGACUUCUGGCAAGCGACAGGUGGAUCCAGAGUUUGCUGAUAUGAUCAACGUGCAAGAUCACUGCAAAGUGGAAGAAGUUGAUGAAGAUAAUGUCUACAGUGUCUUUGUCUCCUACAUCGAGAUCUACAACAACUACAUUUAUGACCUCCUGGAAGAGACUUCGUUUGACCUGAUAAAACCCAAGUGGAACAAUUGCAACACUCCUGUGCGAAAUGGUGACUUUAUACCUCCGCAAUCCAAAAUGCUUCGCGAGGACCAGAAUCACAACAUGUAUGUCAUGGGGUGCACAGAAGUAGAGGUGAAAUCCACCGAGGAAGCUUUUGAAGUCUUUUGGAAAGGGCAAAAGAAGAGGCGUAUUGCAAACACUCAGCUGAAUCGAGAAUCCAGUCGGUCUCAUGGAGUUUUCAUGAUCAAGUUGGCUCAGGCACCUCUGGAUGCAGAUGGAGAUAAUGUGCUGCAGGAGAGGGAACAGAUUACUUUAAGCCAGCUGUCCUUAGUUGAUCUAGCUGGAAGUGAAAGGACUAACAGAACAAAAGCUGAAGGGAACAGGUUGCGAGAAGCAGGUAAUAUUAAUCAGUCAUUAAUGACAUUAAGAACAUGUAUUGAAGUUCUACGGGAAAACCAGAAGUAUGGAACAAAUAAGAUGGUGCCCUACAGAGAUUCCAAACUGACUCAUCUCUUCAAGAACUAUUUUGAUGGUGAAGGCAAAGUGCGUAUGAUUGUAUGUGUAAACCCUAAAGCUGAGGACUACGAGGAAAGCCUGCAAGUCAUGCGUUUUGCAGAGAUGACCCAGGAGGUGGAGGUUGCGAGGCCUGUGGACAGACCGCUGUGCGGCUUAACGCCGGGACGGCGCUUCAGGAACCAGGCCUUCAGGGAGGAGCUGGCCAGGAAACUGGAGAUCCGAGGUGGCCCAAUUAAUGAAGAAACAGAAGAGCAAUCUGCUUCAGAAAUACUUUUGCAGAACUUUCCUCCCUUGCCUUCAUGCGAGCUAUUGGAUAUUAAUGAUGAUCAAACACUUCCAAAGCUUAUUGAAGUCCUGGAAGAACGCCAUAAACUACGACAAAAGUUGUCAGAGGAGUUUGCCAGAAAUGUGCUUACAUUCAGAACUGCGUUGCGAGAACUUGAUUCCAACAUUAUGUCCAAAGAAAACUAUGUUCAAGGAAAGUUGUCUGAGAAAGAGAAAAUAAUAACAGGACAGAAAGCAGAGUUAGAACACCUGGAGAAGAAAAUUAAGACUUUGGAAUACAAGAUUGAGAUUUUAGAGAAAACUGCUACAAUUUAUGAAGAAGAUAAGCGUCAUCUUCAGCAAGAAUUGGAGAGCAAGAGCCAGAAGCUGCAACGUCAGGUUUCUGACAAGCGCAGGUUGGAGGCACGGCUGCAAGGCAUGGUUGCUGAAACCACCACGAAAUGGGAGAAGGAGUGUGAGCGUCGUGUAGCUGCAAAGCAGCUGGAAAUGCAGAACAAACUUUGGGUCAAAGAUGAAAAACUGAAGCAGCUGAAGGCCAUUGUUACUGAAUCAAAGAGUGAAAAGCCUGAGAGGCCUUCACGGGAGAGAGACAGAGAGAAGCCUAUUCAGAGAUCAGUCUCUCCACCACCAGUACCUGUUCCUAACAGCCAGCGACUCGUGAGCAACCAGCAGGUGCACAGACGUUCAAAUUCCUGUAGCAGCAUUUCUGUGGCUUCCUGCGUUAUGGAAUGGGAGCAGAAAACCCCUUCACACAAGCAUACAGGUGGCAAUUCUAAAACAAGGACUAGACAACAAGAACCAGGACAAAGUAGAGACUGUAACACCUCAGACAGAAGGCGAGGGAUGUGCUGGACUGGAAUCACUGAGGUUCCCAAACGUAGAGAUGAGCUAGAGAUGGAAGAGGAUCAAUGCUGCAGGAACGCACCUCCAGUUCGUCUCAGACACAGACGGUCGCGCUCAGCUGGGGAGAGAUGGGUAGAUCAUAAGCCACCCUCUAAUCUGCCCACUGACACAGUCAUGCAGCCUCAUGUCCCUCAUGCCAUCACAGUAGCAGCUGCAAGUGAAAAGGCACUAGCUAAGUGUGACAAGUACAUGCUGACGCACCAGGAGCUAGCCUCUGAUGGGGAGAUUGAAACAAAGCUAAUUAAGGGUGAUGUUUUCAAAACCAGAGGUGGUGGACAGGCUGUGCAGUUCACAGAGAUAGAGACUCUGAAGCAAGAAUCUCCAACUGGUCGAAAGCGAAGAUCGUCGCCUUCCAAUGCUGAUCCACCAGAGGAUGCUGCAGACUCUGAAUGGACAGAUGUGGAAACCAGAUGUUCUGUGGCAGUGGAAAUGAGGGCAGGAUCUACCCUUGGACCUGGAUAUCAGCAUCACGCUCAGCCCAAGCGAAGAAAGCCAUGACCUUAACGUCCUGCUGCGCUGGGAUCCUGUUGAUUUUUAUCAGACUUACCUGCUGCCAGUGAUAAACUGACUGCUUUGUUAUCACUACCAUCUUGUAUUUUUUUAAUACUGGCCUAUGCUGGGCAAUGGUUACGUGGAAAAUGCUUUUUGCAAACCCGAGGAGGCGAGUGGUGCAAAUACUUUCAGUGGGAGGUUCUGCCAUUGCGCCCUGUGGGCUUCUGAAGAAACCCUUCUGUCUUGUAUUUGUGAAGCCCUCAUUAUUAAGCUGUAUCUUUUAUAGAGUAACGACACGAGGCUUCUGCCUUGCAUGUAUUUCAGCUCUCUAUAGGAUGUACUUGUGCUCUGGUCACUGUCCCUUUCUUGUCAGGCCCUCUGUUUUGAAGAGGUGUAAAUGCUGCAAUUUACUCAGCUGCAGUAAUGCACUUUACGAGUGUUCCUAUGCCAUUUCAUGUGUUGUAGCCAGCAGCAGCUUGGUAUUCUAAAUUUCUUCUUUACCCUUUAUUUAAUAUACAAAUCAGCUUGUGAAAUCAAUUUUAAUCUCAAUCUUCUAGUCUUCGUGGUAACAAAGCGAGAAUACCAAGAUGAUGAGUAAUGAUGACUUGACGUCAUGGCUACUUCAUUUUGUGGUGCAAAUGAGUGAGUAUUUUACAUCUGUAGAUAUGGGGUAAAAGAGUGAUGUGCUCACUGAUACGGUGAUGACCUUUAUAUAUGUGGCUCUGCAUGUUAAAAUAAAUACUUCUGUUCAGUG